AUGGCUUCGUAUCAAGGCGAGACACUCCCUGACGAGAUCCUGUCCCUGAUAUGCCAGGAGCUCGGAAAUGACAGGGACUUCGGCUCGCUCUUCAAGUGUGCCCUCAGCUCACAGUCAUUUGCAGAUCCAGCGCUCCGAACAUUGUAUCAAUUACAUCAAUUCUCGCCGGCAUUUGAGCAGAGGGAUGAUAUGGAGUUCAAGCAGCGACCCGGUGACUAUGCUACGAAACAUGCCGAACAUGCCCAGUUCUUCCGCCGAUGGACGGUGUUAUGGCGCUCCAUCACGCUGUCUAGUCUUGACGACGACGUCACCUACAAACCGUACUGCCGUUAUAUCAAGACCCUGGACUUUCGAAACCUGUCACUAAUGCUCGAGGACAUGAAUUUUACUGGCACUAUUCGAACUGCCUUUUUCGCGGGUAGACUGCGUCCUUUCCAUUUCCCCAAGACUGAAUACAAGAGACAAGUCGUGGAUAUCGUUGCGACAGUCAACGCCAUCGGAGAUGCAGUCACUGCCAAGACGACACUGCUCGAAGAGAUUGACGGCCAUAUCAGCCCCGGGUUCCUACCACGAUGGAUUUCUCGUUCUCCAAGACUCGAGACGAUGGUCCUCUGGAAGGGAGAUGCACUGAUCAAUGGCGCGGGCGAAGCGAUCGCCGAGAACUGCGAGAACUUUAAGAAUCUGACCCUUCACGAGUGGAUGUCCCCAAAUGCAGACGAGCUAUUUGCAGCAUUCCUCACUGAGCUGAAGCCAGAUACCCUCACCUAUUUCGAGAUGAUCAGCUUCAACAAUAUUGGGAAGCUCUCAUUCGGAGCGCUCGGACGGCACAGGAAGUUGCAGCAGUUGGAACUCGGCAACCUGAACGAAGACGCAGUGCGGAACCUGAACGCGCUAAAGGGUUGCACUUCCAUACAUACGCUCAAGCUGGAUGACAAUUACGGCACCGUAAGGAUUGAAGAGCUCAAUAACGAUGUGUUUCUCGAGGUGGUUGAAUGGCUCAGCUCGUGCACAGAGCUUCGAGAUCUCAGCCUGAAAAAGUUCUUCGAUGGCCCUGCGCUGCUCUCUCGCGUCCUGCAUUCCCCGAACGUCAAACUGACCAGGCUUUCCCUCGAGGGCUAUACUGUCCGCAACGUCAAUGCCCAGCUCUUCCACAGCGCACUUGCAGACCAGAAAUCACUGGAAUCGGUGUGGCUCAAGGGGAACGGGGAAGAUACUACGCCUGAUGACCUUCAGAUCAUGGUCGAGGGCCUCUGCAACCUGACCAAUCUGCGAGAGCUGGCCCUGAAGGAUGUGUCAGAUGAAUUCACAGAAGAGCACAUCAUAGCUCUGGCACUCAGUCUCCCACUCCUUGAAGAUUUUUGGACUAGUGGUGGCGAGGUCUCGGCGGACAUUUUGCCACCUCUCGCUCAGCUCAAGCAUCUCAAGAACCUGACGCUAUACGCCAUGACUCAAUUCCACUCUAACCAGAUCAUGGAAUACUUGAUGAGUCUCGAUGCAGUGAACCAGAAAGGCUUUACUUUAUCGCUGAUGGCCGCCGAUCCAGACUUUGAUCUGACCGAGGACACUCAAGAUAUGAUUCGGGAGUACAUACGCGCCAACCUCGACGGCAGGUUCGAUUUUGUACUAUGGCGGGAAGCGGAGCUGAGUGAUAGCGAGGACGACUAG